UGGAGUUGUGGGUUUGAGUUUUUUCGUGUUCCGCUUUCUUUAAAAUCAACCACAUUACUACUCUUCCAUACUUACCAGUGAUCAUAAAGGCAAGGGAAAGAUAUAUAUUUCCUCAAUUCUUUGAUUUCUUGGGUGAUAAACUCAAGAUAUUGCCUGAAUCUGAAUCCUUGGACGAGACAGCGAGCCCCUGGGUUUCAACUCAACUGAUUAGUCUCAAGCCAAGCUAUUCAAUGGAUCACCCAGAUUGGCCAGUCACAAAGCGUUUGAGGGUAAGUGAUGUUGAUAAUUCUGCGAGGUGUUUGCUGGAGAAAAGUUCGGUUAAGGAGCACAUUUUACCGCAUCUUAGGGAUAACGAUAUGUUGAAGCUUUGGCGGGGAGUGGAGGUGGUUGUUUGGGAUGUGGAUACCGAGUCGGAGCACGUGUUGGUGCUUAGGAGGUGGAAAAGUAGUGGGAGUUAUGUGCUUCACAAGAACUGGUUAUCUGAUUUCGUGAUGAGAAGGGGACUAGAGAUGAAUGAUGUGAUUGGGCUAAGAUGGGAUGAUGAGAACUCGAGGCUGGAGUUUAAGCUGCUCCAGAAGAACCUGUUUUCAUCAGGUCCAGUGUGGGCUGGUCUUGAUUCAAAAUGUCCGAAAUGAUGUGAUAUUACUGAUAAUAUUUGAACUAACUAUAGAUGAUGAUGGAGUUUAUGAGAUUGUGUUGUUGUAGGAGAAGUAUAAUGCAAUAUCGUAGUAUGGUUUGAAUAACGCACACAGUUUGAACUUGCAAAUAUGUAAUCAUUUGGAUAGUGAGAUGUUUC